CUUGAGAGAGAGAGAGAGAGAGAGAGAGGAAGAGAGAGAGAGAGAGAGUAGGCACAGAAGUGGAAGAGAGCUUCUUCUGCUGAACACAUCGAAGAGAAAGCUCUUCAAAGUUCAUCACAGAAAUGGGUGAAGAGAAUAAAGAGGAGAAGAAGGAGGAGGCCAAGGAAGGAGAGAAGAAGGACGAGAAGAAAGAAGAGGCGCCGGAGAUCGUGCUCAGGGUCGAUAUGCAUUGCGAGGCUUGUGCCAGGAAAGUUGCAAGAGCCUUGAAAGGGUUUGAAGGUGUGGAGGAGGUACUCACAGAUAGCAAGGCCAGUAAAGUUGUGGUGAAAGGGAAGUCGGCAGACCCUGCAAAAGUGUGUGAGAGGCUGCAAAAGAAAAGUGGCCGGAAAGUGGAGCUAAUCUCGCCUCUGCCCAAGCCUCCCGAGGAGGAGAAGAAGGAAGAAACUAAAGAACCACCCAAGGAAGAGAAAAAAGAGGAGCCUCCGGCUCCAAUAACAGUCGUGUUGAAGGUUGGAAUGCAUUGCGAAGCAUGCACUCGAGUUUUGCGGAAACGAAUCCGGAAAAUUAAAGGAGUAGAGACAGUGGAGACCGACGUGGUGAAUGACCGGGUAAUAGUCAAAGGUGUGGUCGACCCGCCGAAGCUGGUCGCAUACGUGAAAAAGAGAACGGGGAAGCAAGCGUCGAUUGUGAAGGAAGAGGAGAAGAAGGAAGAGGAGAAGAAGGAAGAGGCGAAGAAGGAGGAAAGCAAAGAAGGAGAGAAGAAGGACGGCGAGGAAGGGAAGGACGAGGACGGCUCGAAGAUGGACAUAAAGAAGAACGAGUACUGGCCCUCCAGGCCUUACAUGGAAUAUCAAAUGUACCCAACCCAGAUCUUCAGCGAUGAGAACCCGAACGCUUGCUCCGUGAUGUAGUGUGAUGUAGUGCUGAGAGUUUCCAACCUCGGCCCCAGUUAAGAGUACGUGUCGAGGCAAUUUUCCAUUGUACUUAAAGAUUGCUAAUAAACAGAUUCGCGAGACCGGGAGUCGUUGGCUAAUUGUAAUCCGUUGAUGUUCUGUAAUCUGUGUUACCAAUUGUCUACUCUCUUAAUGUGAAAGUGUAGAUGAAUUUUCAGUAAA